CCUUAUUUGGACCUCUCGCCCACCGUAGCUCCAGCUGGGCUGUGUGUUUUGGUCGGAUGACGGGAAGAGGAUGUUUGUCUCUGUAUAGUGGAGUCCGGGGCAGCCGUUCAACAUGUCUCUGGAUGGAGGAGGAUGCAGAGGCUUCUACUUUAACACCGUCCUUUCUCUGGCUCGGUCCCUGGCGGCUCACCAGCACGCGCCUUUAGACAAGGUGCAGAAGCUGCAAUGUAUGUGCCCUGUGGACUUCAGAGGGGUCUUCCAGCUUGAUGAGAGGAGGAGGGAUGCUGUAAUCGCUCUCGGUAUUUUUCUGGUGGAGUCACACCUCCAGCACAAAGAUGUUAUCGUUCCCUACCUUCUUGGGCUGCUUAAAGGGCUUCCUAAAGUCCAGUGGAUAGAGGAGAGCUCAGAACGCAAAGGACCGGAUGCUCUUCCAGUCGCUGAAAACUUCAGCUUUUGUCUUGUAACGCUGCUGUCAGAUGUUGCCCAAAGAGAUGAGAACCUACGAGGACAGAUCCUGGAGGCGCUCAUGGACAUCAUGCAGGUCCUCCGAGACAUCUGCAAGAAUCCAGAUUCUCACGAUAAAGAAUACCUGUGCAGGUACGCUGUACCCUGCCUGCUCGGUGUAGCCAGGGCAUUCGGCCGAUACAGUAACACUGACGAGCCGCUGCUGUCUAAGCUGUUCCCCCGACCUGCUGCUCCUUUGCUGUCCACUGCGGAUGGAGGCGAUGCUGCCCGCCGGCGCUCUUUCAACGAGUUCCGUUCAAUCCUACCGAGCUCUCUGCUCACAGUGUGUCAGGGAGACUCCCUGAAGCGUAAAGGCUCCUCCGUGUCCAGCGUUUCACAGCAGGCAAGUCCGGAGAGAACAGGGCUGACACCUAGUUCUCCUGCUGAUCCCUCUGCGCAGUACUUUGAAGGUUCUUACCUCCCUGAUGGCAGCGCGGUGGACCCGGAUUACUACUUCUCCACCAUCAGCUCCAGCUUCUCCGUGUCUCCGCUCUUCACCGGGAGCAGCGCCGGAGAGUUCCAGGUCCCUAUGGAUAUGCUCAGACUGCUCCUUCAAAUGGUUGAGCAGUUUGUUUCCGAGUCAUUUCUAAAGUCCCUGGAUGGAACCUUAGCAGAACUUCGAGAGAGCAAUCCUGGCAUCCAUUUCCACUACAAAACAUUCAGUGAUCCAUUAUAUGUGGCCAUAUUUAAAAUGCUGAGAGACACUCUGUACAAUUUAAAAGACCUUCAGACGGACUAUGUGAAAGAAGUCCAUGACUUUGUCCUGGAGCAGUUCAGCAGCAGCCAAUCAGAGCUGCAGAGGAUUCUCCAUGAUGUGGAGUAUCUCCAGAGCGAACUGAGCCCACUCAAGCUGCGCUGUCAGGCCAACGCUGCCUGUGUUGACCUCAUGGUCUGGGCUGUAACAGAGGAACAGGGAGCUGAGAACCUUUGCACCAAACUGUCGGAGAAGCUGCAGUCAAAGACCUCUAGUAAAGUGAUUAUCGCCCACAUGCCCCUCCUCAUAUGCUGCCUACAGGGUCUGGGUCGUCUGUGCGAGCGCUUCCCGGUGGUGGCCCACUCCGUCACCACGUCUCUCAGGGACUUCUUGGUGGUACCGUCUCCGGUUUUGGUGAAGCUCUACAAAUAUCACAGCCAGUACAAUCCUGCAGGGGGUGAGAUCAAGAUCCAUGUGACCAACGAACAUUCCCAAUCCACCAUCAGCGCCAACGCAAACAAGAAGAGCCAGCCCUCCAUGUACGAGCAGCUGCGGGACAUCUCCAUCGAUAAUAUAUGCAGGUGCCUAAAAGCCGGCCUCACCAUGGACAACGUCAUCGUAGAAGCUUUCCUCGCCAGCCUGUCCAACCGUCUCUACAUCUACCAGGAAAACGACAAGGAUGCCCACCUGAUUCCGGAUCACACCAUCAGAGCUUUGGGCCACAUCGCUGUAGCUUUACGGGACACGCCCAGAGUGAUGGAGCCCAUCCUGCAGAUCCUGCAGCAGAAGUUCUGCCAGCCGCCCUCUCAGCUCGACGUCCUCAUCAUAGAUCAGCUGGGCUGCAUGGUGAUCACAGGAAAUCAAUACAUCUACCAGGAAGUGUGGAAUUUGUUCCAGCAGAUCAGUGUGAAGGCGAGCUCCAUGGUUUAUUCAACCAAAGACUACAAGGACCACGGCUACAGACACUGCUCCCUGGCUGUCAUAAAUGCUCUGGGAAACAUAGCGGCCAACAUGCAGGCCGAGCAGAUGGUGGAUGAGCUUCUGGUCAACCUGCUGGAGCUUUUUGUGCAGCUGGGCUUAGAAGGCAAGAGGGCCAGUGAGAGAGCCUCGGAUAAGGGCCCCGCCCUGAAGGCAUCCAGCAGUGCUGGGAAUCUGGGUGUCCUAAUUCCAGUUAUUGCUGUGCUGACUAAGAGGUUGCCACCGAUAAAGGAAGCAAAACCACGUCUGCAGAAGCUGUUCAGAGACUUUUGGCUCUACUCUGUUGUCAUGGGAUUUGCGGUAGAGGGCUCAGGUCUGUGGCCAGAGGAGUGGUACGAAGGAGUUUGUGAGAUUGCCACCAAAUCGCCGCUGCUGACGUUUCCUAGUGGAGAACCUUUACGCUCUGAGCUGCAGUAUAACUCUGCACUGAAGAACGACACCGUCACUCCAGCGGAGCUGAAUGACCUCCGCAGCACCAUCAUCAACCUGCUGGACCCUCCUCCAGAGGUGUCUGCUCUCAUCAACAAGCUGGACUUUGCCAUGUCCACCUACCUGCUGUCCGUUUACCGGCUGGAGUACAUGAGGAUGCUGCACUCUCUGGACUCGGACCGCUUUCAGGUCAUGUUUCGUUACUUUGAGGACCGAGCCAUUCAGAAGGAUAAGUCUGGUAUGAUGCAGUGUGUGAUUGCUGUGAGCGACAAAGUGUUUGAGGUUUUCCUUCAGAUGAUGGCUGAAAAACCAAAAACUAAAGCUCAUGAGGAGGAGCUGGAGCGCCAUGCCCAGUUUCUCCUGGUCAACUUCAACCACAUCCACAAGCGGAUCCGCAGAGUGGCUGACAAAUAUCUGUCUGGUCUCGCUGAAACCUUCCCCCACCUGCUGUGGAGCGGCCGGGUGCUGAAGACCAUGUUGGACAUUUUGCAGACGCUGUCCCUGUCCCUCAGUGCGGACAUUCAUAAAGACCAGCCCUAUUAUGACAUCCCGGACACGCCUUACAGAAUCACCGCCCCGGAUACAUAUGAGGCCAGAGAGAGCAUCGUGAAAGAUUUUGCUGCGAGGUGUGGAGAAAUCCUGAAGGAGGCCAUGAAGUGGGCUCCAUCUGUAACCAAAUCCCACCUUCAGGAGUACCUCAACAAACAUCAGAACUGGGUCUCAGGUCUCUCUCAACACACGGGUCUGGCCAUGGCGACAGAAAGCAUCUUGCACUUUGCUGGCUACAACAGACAAAGCACCACUUUGGGGUCCACCCAGCUGACUGAGAGGCCAGCCUGUGUGAAGAAAGAUUACUCCAACUUCAUGGCAUCCCUGAACCUCCGGAACAGAUACGCUGGAGAGGUUGCAGGUAUGAUCCACUUUGCUCAGGCAGUCAGAGGACAGUCUGAUCUGACUCGGCUGAUGAUCAAACAGAUGGGAGAGGCUUUGGACUCGGCUCAGCCUGAGGCCUUCACUGAGGCCAUGUUUAAACUGGCUGCUUUGCUCAUCAGCAGCAAAGAAUGCGACCCUCAGCUCCUGCACCACCUCUGCUGGUCGCCCCUUAAGAUGUUUACAGAGCACGGCAUGGAGACUGCCAUUGCAUGCUGGGAGUGGCUGCUGGCGGCGCGUACGGGAGUGGAAGUGCCGUUCAUGCGGGAGAUGGCAGGCGCCUGGCAGAUGACGGUUGAGCUGAAGAUGGGCCUGUUCUCUGAUGCUCAGGUGGAGGCUGACCCUCUUGCUGCUUCAGAGGAAAGCCAGCCUGUCCCCUGCCCUCCAGAUGUCACCCCUCACCACAUCUGGAUCGAGUUUCUCAUCCAGAGGUUUGAAAUAGCAAAGUAUUGUAGCGCCGAUCAGGUGGAGAUUUUUGGCAGCCUGCUGCAGCGCUCCCUGUCCUUGGAUGUCGGUGGAUCCAAGAGCGGCGGCCUGAACCGCCACGUUGCCGCCAUCGGACCACGUUUCAGGCUGCUGACUUUAGGUCUGGCUCUGCUGCAUUCUGACGUUCUCACCAACUCCACCGUCAGAAACGUCCUCAGGGAGAAGAUCUAUUCAACAGCCUUCGAUUACUUCAGCGCAGCUCCGAAGUUUCCAACCCAAGCGGACAAGCGUCUCCGCGAGGACAUCAGCAUCAUCAUUCGCUUCUAUGCCAGCAUCCUGUCGGACAAGAAGUACCUGGCGGCGUGCCAGCUGGUCCCCCCCGAUAAUCAGGACCCAUCUUUAAACAGCCUGUCAGUGAUGAAUGCCGCUGACAUGAGGAGCAACGUGGACUCCAGCUCACGCUCCCAGCAGAGUGGACAGGGGUGGAUCAACACGUAUCCGCUGUCCAGUGGGAUGUCCACCACCUCUAAGAAGUCAGGCACGUCUAAGAAGAGCAACAGAGGAACGCAGCUCCACAAGUACUACAUGAAGCGGCGCACUCUGCUGCUGGCGUUGUUGGCCAGCGAGAUUGAGCGCCUGACAACGUGGUACAACCCGCUGUCCACGCAGGAGCUGGCCAUUGCCACCGAGCAGUCAGUGGAGACCAGCAUCGCCAACUGGAGGUCCAAGUACAUCAGUCUGACAGAGAAGCAGUGGAAGGACAACGUCAACCUGGCCUGGAGCAUCGCACCUUACCUGGCUAUGCAACUCCCUACAAGGUUUAAAAAUGAUGCCAUAGUUGCCGAGGUGACCAGACUGGUGAGGCUGGACCCUGGAGCAGUCAGUGACGUUCCUGAAGCUGUUAAGUUCUUGGUGACAUGGCACACUAUCGAUGCCGAUUCUCCUGAGCUGAGUCACAUCUUGUGUUGGGCUCCAGCCGACCCGCCCACCGGGCUGUCCUACUUCAGCAGCAUGUACCCUCCUCAUCCUCUCACUGCGCAAUAUGGAGUCAAAGUGCUGCGCUCUUUUCCUCCAGAUGCCAUCUUGUUCUACAUUCCGCAGAUCGUUCAGGCGCUUCGUUACGAUAAGAUGGGUUAUGUGAGGGAGUACAUCCUGUGGGCGGCACAGAAGUCUCAGCUCCUCGCCCAUCAGUUCAUCUGGAACAUGAAGACCAACAUCUUCAUGGAUGAGGAGGGACACCAGAAAGACCCCGACAUCGGGGAGCUGCUGGAGCAGAUGGUGGAGGAGAUAAUGGGGUCGCUGUCCGGCCCGGCCAAAGAUUUCUACCAAAGAGAGUUUGACUUCUUUAACAAGAUCACCAACGUGUCUGCCAUCAUCAAACCGGUUCCAAAGGGAGAUGAGAGAAAACGGGCUUGUCUCAAAGCAUUGUCGGACAUCAAAGUGCAGCCAGGCUGUUAUCUACCCAGCAACCCAGAAGCCAUAGUCCUGGACAUUGACUACAAGUCUGGAACCCCGAUGCAGAGUGCUGCCAAGGCGCCAUAUCUGGCCAAAUUUAAGGUGAAGCGCUGUGGGGUGAGCGAACUGGAGAGGGAGGGUCUGCGCUGUCCGUCAGACUCCGUGGAGGACGGAGAGGACAAUCCAGACGGAUCUGGCAGGGUUUGCUGGCAGGCGGCCAUCUUUAAAGUGGGAGAUGACUGCAGACAGGACAUGCUUGCUCUGCAGAUUAUCGGGCUGUUUAAGAACAUCUUCCAGCUGGUGGGUCUGGAUCUGUUCGUCUUCCCCUACCGAGUGGUCGCCACGGCGCCGGGGUGCGGCGUCAUCGAGUGCAUCCCAGACUGCAAAUCCAGAGACCAGCUGGGUCGUCAGACUGACUUUGGGAUGUACGAUUAUUUCCGGAACCAGUACGGCGAUGAAUCCACCCUCGCCUUCCAGAAGGCUCGCUAUAACUUCAUCCGCAGCAUGGCCGCCUACAGCCUCCUGCUGUUCCUGCUGCAGAUCAAAGACAGACACAAUGGCAACAUCAUGCUGGACAGCAAGGGCCACCUGAUCCACAUCGAUUUCGGCUUCAUGUUUGAAAGCUCCCCAGGCGGUAACCUGGGCUGGGAGCCGGACAUCAAGCUGACGGAUGAGAUGGUGAUGAUCAUGGGAGGCAAAAUGGAGGCUACCCCUUUUAAGUGGUUCAUGGAGAUGUGUGUCAGAGGAUAUCUGGCUGUGCGUCCUUAUAUGGAUGCAGUGGUUUCCCUGGUGACUCUCAUGCUGGACACAGGACUGCCAUGUUUCAGAGGACAAACCAUCAAGCUUCUCAAGGGACGCUUUAACCCGCAGAUGAGUGAGAAAGAAGCGGCGGCGUUCAUGAUAAAGGUCAUCCAGAGUUGUUUCCUCAGCAGCAGGAGCAAAACCUACGACAUGCUGCAGUAUUACCAGAACCAGAUUCCUUACUGAAGGAAGCAGAACUCCUCCUCAGGACGUCGGUGGGAACCUGACCUCCUUCUGCUCCUCAGACUCCGGCGGCAACGGGCCACUUUAACCCUUAACCCUCCAGUUUUACUCUGCGCACUGUUAGCUAUGGGAUUUUAUAAGGACGUCCAUGUGUGUUUUAGAGAAUUACUCCUUCUAUCCACUCAAACAGGGAUUCGAAUCACCCUUUAACUGUUUGUGUUUUUCUGAAGCUUUUUGUUAGUUUACCAGCAAACACUAAAGCUUUACUUGCAGAAUGAGGUCAAAAAGGGAUUUUUAGUUCCUGCUGGUUUAAGUAGGAACCUCAGCUGUUUCCAUUGAGUCGCUGUGCUGUUACCCACUUAAUGCACUUUAUAGAUCAGUGUUUCAUCAGCAAUAGAUCAGCAGAUUCAUUAGAGAUGGAAACAAUCCAAGCAGUAUUCUAGAAAAUCAUAGAUAGAUGUCGUUAUACAUGUGAAACUAUACUUGUAUCAAUGCAGGAGUCAUUCCACAUUUAUCCUUACAGUAGUCUGUAGUACAGUGAAGUGGUGAUUUGGCUGUAGUGUGUACCAUAGAAUAUUUACUGUAGAGUUGCAUCCAGAUCACAGGCAGCUUUUUCCACCACCUACCUGUAUUUACAUGUUAGCAUUAGUGUUUACCGGAGGAGCUUUUAGCCCUUUUGCACAUUAAAUGUCAGUGUUGACGUACAGCCGUUGAAAUCUACCCAUAACUUGGACCUCCAGAGCUCUGCUGCUGCUGCUGUUACUAACCCAGAUGUUACAAAGUUUCAUUAAAAGUCAUUACAUCAUUAUGUUUUGAAAUUAAGGCCUUAAUUGGCAUUAAAAUUCAUUACAUCUGAUUAUCGUGGCAUUUAAAAUACUUAGUUAAAAAAAAAAAUUUAUACAAACAAUUUCAUCAGAUAUAUUAUAUCAGAUAUAACGGCUUCCUGUUGAUUGUAAACCGUUGUGUUCUGAACAGAAGCUCGAGGCAGAGAAAAAGCUAGAUAAUGGGAAAAUGCAGUUUUCAUCGAAAGUGGCUGGAAAACCAGGGAUUCAGGACAUGGCCGCAGCCUGUCAACGGUAAAGAUGACAGGAUUUUAUAUAUAUAUAUUAGGAAUGGAACGGUUUAUGAAAACCGUCCGAACCGUUCAUUUCGACCGGUCGAUUCGCGGUUCGAUUCGCGUGUGUUGCGUUCGGUUCAUGCGCUGCUCCUUUUUCUCAUAGAGGAAGCAUUUACACUCCAGAGCAGAAGGUGGCGGUACUACGACCAAAGCCAACCACCAGUAGUAAACAAGAA